GGUCCGCUUCAAUUGGCGACCUGCUGCACACAAAAGGUUUAGUUCGCACAGUCGCUGUUGGCGGAAGAGCGUGAGGUUGUUCGCAGCGUGGUGUGCAUCACAAAAAGCAAUUCUGACGAGAUGUCCGGACGUGGGAAAGGAGGCAAAGGUCUAGGAAAAGGAGGAGCAAAGCGGCACCGUAAAGUCUUGCGGGACAAUAUCCAGGGAAUUACCAAGCCAGCUAUUCGCCGACUGGCUCGUCGCGGGGGAGUAAAGAGAAUCUCCGGUUUGAUCUACGAGGAGACCCGGGGCGUCCUCAAAGUGUUCCUGGAGAACGUGAUCCGCGACGCCGUCACCUACACCGAGCACGCCAAGCGGAAAACAGUCACCGCCAUGGAUGUGGUGUACGCGUUGAAGCGGCAGGGCCGUACUCUCUACGGCUUCGGCGGUUAGAGGGCGACUCCUCAUGGAGGCGGACUUUGCUAUUUCAGUUUCGUUUAUCCAAGUAGAGUUUCGUUUCGUUUGCUUUGCGCGCCCCGGCAGCUCCGAGUCCGUCUCCGAGUGUUGUGGUCUUUGUGAUGUGCAGCGGCCCGAUGGGAUUCGGACGCUCAGCUAUCCCUAUUUGCAUAUCGGCUUUCAUAAACCCCCCCUGCGUCCUGUCCAGGUCGCCUCUCUGCGUUUGCGGUCGGUGGGCUGUGGGAAACAUCUGCAUCGGACCGGAGGUGUUCGUCUCCUCCUGGAACAAAACGUGAACUCGGCGGGCCAGGCCGCGGAAGCAUGGUCAUCGUUUUGGGUCGAGACCCGGUUUCAGGACCUGAGCGGCUGAGAUCUCGCCGCGGUUUGGACUUUCCAUCAUGGAGCAGGUUACCUUGCUUUGAUCGAGACACGUUCCUGCGUUUCCUGGCUCAAUCCGAACUGUGUUCAUCUAGGUUCGUGCAUCACCACCGCAGACUGGUUUGAAGUGACUGCUUUCGCUAUCGUUCCUUUUGAAUUCAUGCGACUUCGUUUCCUGAGAGAAAGGAAAAACAUUUUUGUGUGAUGGUCGCGGAUGUUUUCUGAUGUGUAGUUUAUGAAAGCAAACUAGAGCUCGCUUUUAAUGAUCAUUUAUCUUGUCUGUGCGCUUUUGGGGCUUUAUUUUUUAUUGUAUUAAAGCUUGUGUUUUCGUGUU